AUUACCCCGCUUGGUCAACGAGCUUGAUGAACACUCGCUCACUCGGCACCACCACCAUCAAUUCAACAUGUCAAAACCGGCGCCCAAAGUAGUAUCCGUCGAGCCGCUCGACAACAAAGAUGCAAAAUGGCUGAACCUCGUCAAAAUCAACUACGAAGAAGCCGACGGCAAGCCCCGCACCUGGGAGGCGAUGCGCCGGAAAAGCCGCCCCGCGACCAGCGCCGUCGACGCCAUCCAGGUCGUCGCCCUCCUGCACAGGCCGGCGGGGCCCGAGGUGCUCCUCGAGAAGCAGUUCCGGCCGCCGGCUGGGCGCGUCUGCAUCGAGUUCCCCGCCGGGCUGGUGGAUGCCGGCGAGACGGCCGAGGAGUGCGCGCUGCGGGAGCUCAGGGAGGAGACGGGGUAUGUUGGGGAGGUGGUGCCUGAUCGGCUCGGGGUGCGGCCUGUUUUGAUGAGUGCUCCGGCUUCCUCGAGCUCGUCGACAUACAUGAUAAAUGUCAACAUCGACCCUGAAAGACCCGAGAAUCGGAACCCGGCGACGAAGCUGGAGGAUGGGGAGUUCAUCGAGUGCUUCUGGGUUCCUUUGAGAGAUCUGUAUGAGAAGUGCAGGAUAUUGGAGGCCGAAGGGUUUGCAAUCGAUGGGAAGGUUGGUGCGUUCGCCGAGGGAAUCGAGAUUACGAAGAUGUGGCAGAAAUGGUGAUUACUAGGUCUGGAGAGGUAUGCGAGCAUCCGAAUAUAUGACUGGGAUUGCGAUGCCGGUAUUGUCCUCGACGUGUGCUCAGCCCUCUCGCAAUGCUGAUCGGCAAGGCCCCAUCGGGAUCAAAUUCAAUCUACCCACGUCGUGGCGGAUUGCCCCGGUUCAUCUAUCGGAAGCAACCCGGCCCUCGACGGACACGAGUCCUCGUCAUCUUGCUUGGGCGGGACCAAAGUCCACAUGUAUCAACACAGAUAGACCAAAGUGUGAGCUAUCAGAAUCAGG